AUGCUCUCCCGUUUGAUGCUUCCCUUGGGCUCUUGGUGGCUCCACUACAUGAUAUACAGCUACCCGGCAGAGGAGUUUUCAAGAGAUGAGGUUUUGUUGUGGCCCCAAGGCCGCAUUCUGGAUGUUACGACUCCCCUAAACAGAAACAUCUCAAAUUACUUCCAGCCUUCUGCGAACUACCAGCGACUGAUGUCGGCGCACUCCUGUUUCUAUGCCGGGGGCGCCACAGCCAACUCCUCAGCCGCGAUCACAAUCCUCACGUUAAGACUGGCAGAUUCUUCAGGUGGCGGGAGGAUGAGCCCAGAUGGAUGGACAACUUACAUCCUGGAUAGAAUCAUGCUUGAAGACCCAGUCCUGUUCCAAGUGCACUGUUGAAACUGUCAGUGUCACAAAGUGGAGGCAGGUCAGAUUCCUUUUCACCUACACGCUAACCCAAGGCCGGCCCACUCCCAGAGGAGUGCCCCAGACCGCAUCCCUUGGUCCCCUUUGGCUAUCAACCUGCUUCAAGGGCCCUCGCAGGAGAGUCCACAGCAAGAUUGUGGCUGAGCUGAAAUCCAAAUCAGCUUCCAAGAGCUGGGAGUGCUGACCUUCUACUACUGUCAUGAGAACUGCUGGGCCUCUAAUCAAACAAGCACCAUUCUUGGGAUCACGCAGUGUUGCCCCGGAACCAUGAGGUCACUGGGCAUCACCACCACAUCUGAUGGUGGUUACUCCUUUCAGCAUGAGAUUUUGCCCAACAUCAUUCCGUAA